CUGUUCCUGUUUUUGAGUGUGGAGGAGGAAAUAAAGAAGCGGUGGUUACCGAAUCCACUUUCUCGGCUCCUGUCCCGAUUAUAAGUCUAUGAUUAACACCUACCGUACAGGCGAACCCAGUACGCUCGGCUACAGUAUUUUUCUUUUUUUCUUUUUUCUUAUUAUUUUGUCUGCUAGUCUACUGUUUCACACUCCAGUCCAGUAGGUGGCGGUAAUGCACCUUCAAGUUGGUUUGCCAACCGCCAAUAAACACCAUUGAAGAAGAAGAAGUCCAUCAUGUCAAAGUUACAACAUGGUCGCCUUUGAGCUGGGAGCAACGAUAUCAAGUCCGUGCCAGCAUUAGAACCGAGAGCAGUCAUGCCUCGCUACGAGCUGUCCCUGAUCCUGAAGGCCAUGCAGCGGCCGGACACGGCGGCGGCUCUGCGUCGCACCGUGGAGUCUCUGCUGCAGCGCGGCGCGGUGGUGAGAGACCUGGAGAACCUGGGCGAGAGGCAGCUGCCCUACAAGAUCACCAAGCACAACGAGAGGCACAACAGAGGCGCCUACUUUCUGCUGGACUUCUACGCCCCUCCCAACAUGGUGACCGGCCUGCUGGAUCACCUGCACCGAGACGUGGACGUGGUGAGGCCGACCGUGCUGAAGAAGGACACGGGGGUCGCUGACAGCAGCUGUUGCGGGAUCCAGCAGUGACUGCAUAUUUUCACUGCUCAUAUCCAGAAGCUGUACAGUGCGAUGCUUCCUUCAUCAACCCUUUCCAUUGCUGUUGGCCUACAUUUGGAUGUUAAACUCAUAUGUUAUAAUAAACUUUUCAUUUUUCUCA